AUGGGGAAGGGAUGGAAGAGCAAAUUACCCGAGGCACUUUGGGCAUACAGGAGAGCUUAUAAGAUCCCGAUAGGGAUGACUCCAUACCAACUGGUUUACGGCAAGACCUGCCAUCUUCCAGUUCUGCUAGAAUUCAAGUCCCAUUGGGCAAUCAAGAGGUGGAAUAUGGACCUCCAAUCAGCUGGAAUUAAGAGACAGAUUCAAUUAGCUGAAUUGGACGAGUGGAGGCAAAAAGUGUUCCAUAGCUCCAAGUUAUACAAGGAGCAUACGAAACGUUCGCACGAUAAGCGAAUCAAGAUCAAGCAGUUCAGGGCAGGGGAUAAAGUACUCCUCUUUAACUCCCGCAUUCGAUUGUUUGGUCAUGGUAAGCUUAGAAGUAAGUGGGAAGGCCCUUACAUAGUGCUUGACGCCGCCGAUCACGGCGCGGUGACCCUCCAAGAUGAUGACGGGAACACUUUCAAGGUUAAGUGCCAAAGACUAAAAGUGUUCCUAGAACAAGAAAUGCCGGAACUCGAGGAAGUAGACGUCUUCGAGCUUUCCAAGAUAUGA